GCUUUAUUCUCCACAUACGCCAAGUAUUCCCGCACUCUUUCGAUAUGGAUAAAGCACUACAAGCUGGCCUUUCAGCAGGCAUGUCCGCUGUAUCGGGCAUGCAUUCGAAGAAACCUAACUGGGCAGACCCAGAAACUGCCGGUGCCAACGUUCUUCCUACAUCAUACUGCCCAGAACCCAGUUCUCGUGUUGAGUUUCCGAGUCCUCAAAAGCCUGUGAAGGCUUCGCAUAUCUGUAUUGGCGCUUGGUCGUGGGGCGACAAGUCUACAUGGCAGUGGGAUGAGAAACAGCUUCCUGAUGUCAUCCUGGCUUGGAAGACACUAUAUGAAGCUGGUAUCAAUUUUAUAGACACAGCUGAGGCAUACGGUGACGGAGAGAGUGAGAGGAUAAUCGGAGAACUCGUCAAGAAUAUUCCUCGCGAAAGCAUUGUUAUACAGACGAAAUACUUCAGCACUCCUCUGAAGGCUGCCAACUUUAUACAUCCCGUCGACGCGCCAAUUAAGAGUCUCAAGGCCAGUCUUCAGCGCAUGAACCUCGAAUACGUCGACAUUUACCUAGUCCAUGGCCCAAUUCAUCCGCAAAGCAUCGCCACUAUUGCCGAAGGUAUGGCUCAAUGCGUUGAACAAGGCCUCGCCCAUUCAAUUGGCGUAGCCAACUAUGAUGUUGAAGACGUUCAGAAGAUCAAUGACGAGCUUGCAAAGUUCAACAUUCCUCUCGCGACCAAUCAAUGCGAGUAUAACAUCCUCCGUCGCUACCCCGAACUCACCGGCAACAUCGAGAAGUGCAAAGCUAGCGGCAUGAUAUUCCAGUCAUAUUCAUCCCUAGCCCAGGGUCGAUUGACUGGCAAGUACACCAAGAAUAACCCGCCGCCCAAGUCACACCGUUUCAGCAGCUAUAAGAUGGAAGACCUUGAGCCUGUACUUGAGACUUUGCAGAGAGUUGCUGAGAGACGGCGCAAGAGUAUUGCUGCUGUUGCGUUGAACUAUAAUAUUAGCAAGGGAGUCCUGCCAGUUGUUGGAAUCAGGAACGUUGAGCAGGCGAAGUGUGCUAUUGAGGCGCUUGGAUGGAGGCUUACGGAUAGUGAGAUGGUUGAGAUUGAUAAGGUUAGCAUUAUUGGAGAUAAGACUGUGCUUUGGCAGCAGGGCUAGUCAUUUGGAGCUUUGUCCAGACUGCUGUCUGGUUAAGAGUAAUUUAAGCAUAAUAGAUAUAGAUGUUCUCCAACCUAAUCUAUACCACUGAAACCUUUAA